AUGUUGCUAUUGCAUCAUCAAGAAGCUAAGGAAGAGACACCCGAUUUUACUGUUUAUGUAAAUCGAAGACCGACGAAUAUGGAAGAAGUGAUCAAGGAUCUUGAAGCUCAAUUUACAGUUGUAUUUAAUGCAGCCAAUGAUGUCUCGAUACUGGAUGAAGUUUAUGAAGGCAAUGAUGAUCCACCGUCAUGGGAAGGUUGUAUGUUGUCUGCCAGUCACCAAUCAACAUUAGAUUGGUUAUAUACAUGGGAGAAGAAGCUCUACCAGGAAGUUAGGUCUGGAACACGCUUUCGAGUUGCAUAUGAGAAGAAAUGUAUGCAGUUGAAGAACCAUGAUAUAAAAGGAGAGGAACCUUCUUACGUGGAUAAAACAAGAUUAGCUAUUAGAGAUCUACACACUCAAAUAACAGUUUGA